GCUCCCUGCGCGCUCUGCUACCUUUGCGCGCGCCAGUCCCGCAACUUCACCCGCGAGCCGUUGCUGCUGUGAGCCGAAGCAGGAGCGCAGCCGGCGCUGGGGACAACGCGCGGACCUGCCUCCUGCACCCCUUUGCCCCUUCACGCAAGUGACCGAGCUCUGGCUGUCCGCAGAGCCAGUGGUGCGGGCAGCCCGGGGCACUGAUUGCAUUGGUACAGAGGCUUUCCAUGCCAGAGAACCCUGAGUGUCCCCUGACAUGACAAAGAGCCUUCGUCUUUAGGACUGCCAACGAGACUCCCAGAAAUCAUGUUGGUAGGAUCCCAGUCUUUUUCACCUGGAGGGCCCAAUGGGAUCAUUAGAAGCCAGUCCUUUGCAGGUUUCAGCGGCCUUCAGGAAAGGCGAUCAAGGUGUAACUCCUUCAUUGAAAAUUCCUCUGCUCUCAAGAAGCCUCAGGCCAAACUGAAGAAAAUGCAUAAUUUAGGUCACAAAAACAGCAACCCUCCCAAAGAGCCUCAGCCUAAAAGGGUGGAAGAAGUCUACAGGGCCUUGAAAAAUGGACUUGAUGAAUAUCUGGAAGUUCACCAGACGGAGCUGGACAAGUUGACAGCUCAGUUAAAAGAUAUGAAAAGAAACUCUCGCCUGGGUGUGCUGUAUGAACUAGACAAGCAAAUUAAAACAAUUGAAAGAUACAUGAGACGCCUGGAGUUUCACAUUAGUAAGGUAGAUGAACUCUAUGAAGCUUAUUGUAUCCAACGACGCCUCCAAGAUGGUGCCAGCAAGAUGAAGCAAGCCUUUGCAACUUCCCCUGCCAGCAAAGCUGCCCGGGAGAGUCUGUCAGAGAUCAACAGGAGCUUCAAAGAGUACACAGAGAAUAUGUGCACCAUUGAAGCAGAGCUAGAGAGUCUGCUGGGGGAAUUCUCCAUCAAGAUGAAAGGUCUGGCUGGCUUUGCUCGCCUCUGUCCUGGAGAUCAGUAUGAGAUUUUCAUGAAGUAUGGCCGGCAGAGGUGGAAACUGAAAGGCAAGAUAGAAGUAAAUGGCAAGCAGAGCUGGGACGGAGAAGAAACAGUUUUCCUGCCCCUAAUAGUUGGGUUCAUUUCCAUCAAGGUCACGGAGCUCAAAGGGCUAGCAACACACAUCCUGGUAGGCAGCGUCACCUGCGAGACCAAAGAGCUAUUUGCAGCCCGACCUCAGGUGGUGGCUGUUGACAUCAAUGACCUUGGCACCAUCAAACUGAACUUGGAGAUCACCUGGUAUCCGUUUGAUGUGGAGGACACGACCCCAUCCUCAGGCGCUGGGAACAAGGCUGCAGCCCUGCAAAGGAGAAUGUCCAUGUACAGCCAGGGGACCCCGGAGACUCCCACCUUCAAAGACCACUCCUUCUUUUCAAAUCUGCCUGAUGACAUCUUCGAAGAUGGAAAGGCAGCUGAAGAGAAAAUGCCACUCUCUCUCAGCUUCAGCGACCUGCCCAAUGGGGACUGCACCCUCAUCUCCAACUCAACCAAUCCAGAAAUUACCAUCACCCCUGCAGAGCUUCACCACAGCAGCCUGUCCUCCCAGAAUGAGGGCAGGGAUGAUACCAGCUUGCCCUCUUCCAGGAACUCCUUGGGAGAAGGCCAGGAGCCAAAGUCACACCUGCAGGAGGAAGACCGGGAAGAGCCUGGGCAACGGGCCUCGGCCACUUCUGAGCCUUGCCGCCGGCAGUCUGCAGGCCCUGGGGCUGACCACCUGUUCCUUGAGAAAGAUGUAGCGGAGGCACUUCUGCGAGAGUCUGAGGAGGCCUCUGAACUCAAGCCCGUGGAACUGGACACUUUUGAGGGAAACAUCACGAAGCAGCUGGUCAAGAGGCUCACCUCGGCAGAGGUGCCAGUGGCCACAGAGAGGCUGCUCUUUGAGGGCUCUGUCAGUGGAGAGUCUGAAGGCUGUAGAUCCUUUCUAGAUGGAAGCUUAGAAGAUGCCUUUAAUGGGCUUUUCCUCGCAUUAGAACCACAUAAAGAGCAAUAUAAAGAGUUUCAGGAUCUGAACCAAGAAGUCAUGCAUUUGGAUGAUAUUCUAAAAUGCAAGCCGGCGGUCAGCCACAGCAGGUCUUCCAGCUUAAGUCUGACAGUUGAAAGUGCUUUAGAAAGCUUUGACUUCCUGAACACUUCUGAUUUUGACGAGGAGGAAGAGGAUGGUGAUGAGGUUUGUAAUGUUGGCGGAGGUGCUGACUCAGUAUUUUCAGACACUGAGACUGAGAAAAAUAGUUACAGGUCAGUUCACCCAGAAGCCAGGGGGCACCUUAGUGAAGCGCUGACUGAAGACACGGGAGUUGGGACCAGUGUGGCAGGAAGCCCCCUCCCACUGACCACAGGAAAUGAGAGCCUGGACAUCACCAUUGUCAGGCACCUGCAGUACUGUACCCAGCUUGUUCAGCAAAUUGUUUUCUCAAGCAAAACCCCAUUUGUGGCGAGAAAUCUCUUAGAGAAACUUUCUAGGCAGAUCCAAGUGAUGGAGAAACUUGCAGCUGUCAGUGAUGAGAACAUAGGGAGUAUCAGUUCUGUCGUGGAAGCCAUACCAGAGUUUCACAAAAAGUUGUCUUUGCUGUCGUUCUGGACCAAGUGCUGCAGCCCAGCUGGUGUCUACCACAGCUCAGCAGACAGGGUCAUUAAGCAGCUGGAGACCAGCUUCGCCAGAACUGUCAACAAAGAAUACCCAGGACUUGCAGACCCAGUGUUUAGAACCCUGGUGUCCCAGAUCCUGGACCGGGCCGAGCCUCUGCUUUCCUCCAGCCUAUCUUCAGAAGUCGUCACCAUUUUUCAGUAUUACAGUUAUUUUACCAGUCACGGUGUGAGUGACCUAGAGAGUUACCUGAGCCAGCUGGCCAGGCAAGUUUCCAUGGUUCAGACUCUGCAAUCAUUAAGAGAUGAAAAACUCCUACAGACCAUGAGUGACCUUGCUCCUAGCAACCUCCCCGCCCAGCAGGAAGUACUCAGGACUUUGGCUCUGCUAUUAACCAGAGAUGACAAUGAAGUUAGUGAGGCUGUGACACUUUACUUGGCAGCAGCCUCCAAAAAUGAGCAUUUCAGGGAAAAGGCCUUGCUCUAUUACUGCGAAGCGCUAACCAAGACAAACCUCCAGCUCCAGAAGGCAGCUUGCCUGGCCCUGAAAACCCUUGAGGCUACUGAAAGCAUUAAAAUGCUGGUGACGUUGUGUCAGUCUGAUACUGAAGAAAUCAGAACUGUGGCCUCAGAAACCCUCCUGUCUCUUGGAGAAGAUGGGCGGCUGGCAUAUGAACAGUUGGACAAAUUCCCUCGAGACUGUGUCAAAGUCGGAGGUCGUCAUGGAGCUGAAGUUGCCACAGCCUUUUAAUUACAAGUUAACUCUGCCUAACAGCUGUCUUAAUUUCUGGCCCUUUUCAUCAAAAUGGUGCUGUGAUUUAGCUGGGAAGUGUUUAGAACUUGAAGAGUUCUGUUGAGGUUAUCUGGGAAUUUAACAUAUUAUAGAAAGAAUUCAAAUUCCAGUUUCACAGUAUCUAACUACUUUUCCUUUGGCCAAUAGAAUAGGGCUAACUCAAUAGAUAUGUCAUUCAUUGUGUCUGAUCUAUCUUAAUAUGUGUGAACUUUAAAAGUAGCUAUCUUUGUAUUUUUUUGGAAGUUGUUCUAAAAGCUUGAAAUAGUUAUGAGAUACUUUAAUAAAUAUCAUGCCUUGCAGCUUUUCCUCUGUCGUGUUCUCAGGGUUUAGUGGUCCCUUUAGCUCCCUAAUUUUACUUUCAAUACAAAGCACAAAAAAGAAUUUCUACAACUAACAGUUUGCCUGUAGAACCUGGCAAAAUGAUCCAUUGUAAGAAUUUAAUUAUUUUAUUUUUUAACCUUUCAUCAUUUCUUUUGUUUUUUUUCCUCCAUCCUGAAAAUUCUAAGAUCAUGUUUCUAUUAUGGUAAAAAGGCAGAACUACCUUAUUAAGAUUAUACUCAUAGUCCUAAAAAAAAAAAAAACCUCAAAGCUUAAGCUUUUUUUUUUUUCCAAAUUAAUGAGAGCCUUUUUUUUUUUUUGAGACAGAGCCUCAAGCUGUUGCCCUGGUUAGAGUGCUGUGAUAUCACAGCUCACAGCAACCUCCAACUCCUGGGCUAAGUGAUUCUCCUGCCUCAGCCUCCCAAGUGGCUGGAACUACAGGCGCCCACCACAAUGCUGGGCUAUUUUUUGGUUGCAGCCAUCAUUGUUGUUUGGCAGGCCUAGGCUGGAUUCGAACCUGCCAGCUCUGGUGUAUGUGGCUGAUGCCUUAGCUGUUUGAGCUACAGGCACCGAGCUGAGAGACAUUUUUUUUUUUUUUUUUGUAGAGACAGAGUCUCACUUUAUGGCCCUCAGGUAGAGUGCCGUGGCCUCACACAGCUCACAGCAACCUCCAACUCCUGGGCUUAAGCGAUUCUCUUGCCUCAGCCUCCUGAGUAGCUGGGACUACAGGCGCCCGCCACAACGCCUGGCUAUUUUUUGGUUGCAGUUUGGCUGGCCGGAUUUGAACCCGCCACUCUCGGUAUAUGGGGCCGGUGCCUUACUGACUGAGCCACAGGCGCCGCCCCUGAGAGACAUUUUUUAUGAUACUCUUAUCAUACAGGUAUUUUGCUGCUAAGACAAACACAAACCAAAAGUGUGGAUUAACAAAGCUGCGAUGCUCUUUGAGGUAGAAGGAAGUUGGAGGAAUGCUAAUGAGACAGGAGAAAUCCUUCUGUAAAAAUGACCACGGGAUUAGGAAGAAGAAGGAUGGUCUGAGAGAUAGUUACCACCACAGAUAAACCAUAAACCAGGAGAUUUCCUGGCCAAACAGUUAAAAUAACAGCUUUCAUUAUUGCUUCAGUAUCAGAGUCGCAAGUUCAUUAAACAAAGUACAAAAUCAUUCAUUAGCUCUCAUUAAAUUUUCUUUCUCUAAAGAAUACACAAAGUGGGGUAUGCCAAGGUAUCAAAAUAAUAUGUGAGUGUAAUUUAAAUUGUGGAAUAUCAGAAUAUUAACUGUACUUCAGACACGUUUGUAUCAAAUAUCAUUUAGAUGUUGUUUUAAAUAUUUACAUUUUAGCAAGACUUUUAAAAAGGACUCAUUUUAUUUUAAAGUGAAAAUUGUUUGUCAAGCUUCUGGCAAAUAGUUCUUUCAACUGUGAAGUUACGAUGUACAUAUUUGUAUAUUUAUAAAUAUUAUAUAUAUGCAUAUAUCCAUUUUAAAGUCACAAUGUACAGUCUAUAGGUAGUAUGUAUAGCCUAUAGUCUAUGUUAAAUGGUUGAAAUGGUUCUCUUUAUAGAAAGGUAAAUCACAGAUGUUAUAGAAUUUUUUGUUUAAUUUGUUUUUUACUUUUUGAAUAUUGCAUGACUAAUUAAUUCAAUAUCUCCAUAUCUUUUGUAUUCACUUCUGUAUUUUAUGUUUGGUUGAGGAUGUGCUUUUGUUUUGUGGCAUUUGUAUUCAUCACUUUCAGUCCUGUAAGUUAAAAUAAAAAUUAUUUUUGAAUUACUAG